CCUCUCUCUCUAUUUCAGAUUGUUUUUUGUUUUUUUUUUCAUAGAAAAGAGAGAAGUUUUGUGUGUUGUAUCUGUUUUGCUCUAUUUGAUAAAAAAAAAAGAAGAUGCAAGUUGUUUCUCCUUCGUCUCCGGCGGCGAGGUUCGUUGGAAAAGAAAGAUUCGCCGAGCUUUACGGGAAGUUAAACGACGACUUCAGCUCCAAACUCAAGGUCGGUGUUACAGAGAAGGAAGAAGUCUCUAAUGAUGAUGACGAAGGAGAAGGCGACGAGUUCUCGUUCGCUAGUGUAAACGGAGAGAACUCACCGAUAACGGCGGAUGAAGCUUUCGAAGGCGGUCAGAUCCGACCGGUUUACCCUUUCUUUAACCGGAAUCUCCUCUUCGAACCGGAGGCUAAAGAAUCUCUCCGUUCUCCUCUCAAGAAGGUCUUCGUGGAAAGAGAGGAAGCCACCACCACCACCACCGCUACGGAAGAAUCUGAGCCGAUAGGUCCUUACUGCUCGUGGUCAGGUAGAACGGUGGAGGAAGCUUCGCCGAAGACUUGUCGGAAAAGUAACUCGACAGGAUUCUCGAAGCUUUGGAGGUUUAGAGAUCUUGUCCUGAGAAGCAAAAGCGACGGUAAAGACGCGUUUGUGUUUCUUAGCAACGGUUCUUCGUCGCAGUCGUCUUCUUCUACGGCGGCGGCGGCGAAACCGAGCGGCGUGAAGAGAGCGGAGAAGGCGAAGAAGAUGAAAACGAAGUCGGCACACGAGAGGCUGUACAUGAGGAACAGAGCGAUACGAGAAGAAGGGAAACGGAGAUCGUAUCUUCCGUACAAACAUGUCGGGUUCUUCACCAAUGUCAGUGGUCUUACAAGGAAUGUUCAUCCUUACUGAUCAUCAGCUUCUUGUUGCUCUGACAAAACUUUGAUUUCGUAUAUAGUUAAAAAUCUAACCAUGUCUUAAUACUAUUAUAAUAACCCUUUUUCUCUAAGCAAAAAAGUUA